UUGCAGUGUGGGAGGGUACGGUGACGGUUUGUGUUGUUUGAGAUAUACCUGCGAUUACCUACUGAAACAUAAGGUAGAGUUGGAAAGACAUUUGGAGAAAUAUUUAUUCCUUGUCAUUUUCUCGGAAAUUCUGAAGGUGCGACUACAGCAUGCGCACAGCGCCGUCGAUGGAGGCGCUGCCAGUCUGACCAGGAGAUGAGCGCGCCUCCGCCGGGCGGCGGCUGGCCGUCCGGCGCCCCGCCGCCGUCCGCGCCCAGUAUCGACUACUGGAAGCAGCUCCAGUACCGGCAGCUGCAGCAGCAGCAGCUGCAGUACCACCAGCAGCAGGCGGCCUGGGCGGAACCUCGGGCCGCCGCCGCCGCCGUAUCCGCGGCGACUGGUGACGGCAGCAACUAUGUGACGACGGUGAUGGUGGGCGGGCUGCCGACGCCCGGCUCGCCGCGCCGCUGCGAGUCCGUGCGCUCGGACGCGGCCGAGUCGUCGUGCAGCUCGCUGAGCCAGGAGAGCCUGUCGCCGCCGGCGCGGCUGGCCGGCGUGCACUCAGUGACGGCACCCGAGGGCUGGAAUCGCGUCACCAGCAACGGACUGGUGGUCUACGUCAGUCCGAGCGGAGUGAGCCUCACCUCCCGGGAGGAGGCGCGCCAGUACCUGCGCACCGCCGGCACCUGCAAGUGUGGCCUCGAGUGCCCCAUCCUCGUGGAGAAGUCGUUCAACUUCGACCCGAAGGUGAUCACCAGGCCGCGGAGCGGCGCUGUCGGAGCGGUCCCCCCGGGCGGCGCCGUCAGUCCCAGUGAGACCACCAAGACGUGCAACCACCGCCGGAAACGGGCUGAGCUACAGCUGCGCCGCGCCACCGGAAAAGAUGUUCCUCCCACCUUCCAGGAGCAGCGAUGUAACCCGCACAACAACCCCUUCUUCCGUGACCAGAUGCUUCAGGCGAUGGAGCAGAUGGGCUACCAUCAGCAGCAUCAGCAUCAGCAGCAGCAGCAGCAGCAGGCGUACCAGCAGUCCCAGCAGCAGCUGUACCACCCCGGCCGGCAGCCGCACCAGCCGCAGUACCAGCCGGGCCCGGUGGUGACGCCCGCCGGGCCGCGGUGGCCGGCCGUGACCACGGGUCGGCUGCCGGCGCCGGCGGCUCCACCUCCCCACCUGCUGCGGGCGCACUGGGACGAGCUGAGGCGGCGGCGGGCGGCCGGCCGCGGCCGACGGCGCGCCUCGCCCUGUCCCAACGUGGAGGUGCGCCAGCUGCCGGGUGCCGGCGGCGACUCGCCUUCCUUCAUGGACGAUCCCAGCGGCUACCUGGCGCACCAGACCCAGCUGCUCAACGACACCAUGCAGGAGGGAUUAAGUCCGGUACCGGCCGAGGUGCCCAUCCCCAGCACAGUGCCCCUGCCGGCCCGCGUCGGCAAGCACGCGCCACCGGAGACUCCGGCGCCGGCUGAGUCCCCGGGGGCGGCGCCCGACCGGGCCCCCGCGCCCGACUGCACGGCAGGCGACCCGCCGACCGCCGCCGCCGACUCUGCUGAGCAGGCGACUCAGCCGACCGAGCAGCCUGCCGACAGCGCGGAGUCAGAGUCACCGGCCCCGGAGUCGGAGGCAGCACCGCAGCCGGCCGAGUCAGCAGAGUCCAGUCGUUCCGAGUCGCUGUCGACUCCGGCUGAGUCGGAGGCUGAGCGGACUGGAGAGGCAGUCGUCAGCUCAGCCGGGGACACACAGACGCGGGCGGAGGCGGCGCCGGCCUCCACCAGUGCGCCCGGCCCGGCGGCGACUCAGGCACAGCAGACGGUGGUGAGCGGGGACGCCGAGGUGCCGCUGAUGCAGUCGCUGCCGGCCGGGCAGAUCCUCCUACCCUCCGGACAGCUGAUCCUCACGCAGCCGUUCCAGCCGAUGCUGCAGUACGUGAACGCGUUCCAGAUGCAGCCUCCGCUGGUGGUGUCGGCCGGCGGGGCGCUGCUGCGGCCGCAGCAGGCCGAGCCGACCGACCAGACGCCAGCCGGCCGCAGGAGGCGGCGCCGCCAGACCGCCGGCGGGCCGGCCGCCCCGCAGCGCUCCCAGCAGCAGCAGCAGCAGCAGGCCGGACUGCAGACGCUGCUGCUGCCCGGCGGCGGCGGAGGCGGCGCGGCGGCCGGCGCCGGCAAACAGGCUCCGAUGGUGCUGAGCGGCGGCCAGGCGGGCGGAGUGAACUUUCUGCAGCCGCUGCUGCUGCCCGGCGCCGGCGGCCAGCUGUUCAUUCAGAGCGUCGGCGGCCCGCUGCUGUCCACCUCCGUGGCUGGCGUGCAGGCCGGCGGCCAGCUCCUGCAGGUGGUGUCUGUGCUGGGUGACCAGUGCCAGAGCUCGCUGUCCGCGCCGCCGCCGCCGCCGCCGACAGCCGAACACCAGACGCGCAUGGCGGCCGACUCGAGCACCUCGGACCGCGGCUCGCCGGACGGCGGCGGCGGCGGCGGGCCGGGCAGCUCACCGGGUGCGCGGGACGAACCCGUCAGCUCCACCGGCGAGCCAGCCGACGAGCCGCCGCGACCGGCAAAACGACCCAGGCAGACCGCCGAAGAUGACGAGUGUGAUCCGCCGUUCAGUACCGGUGACAUGGUCUGGGGCUCUCACCACGGACUCUGCUCCUGGCCGGGCCAGGUGAUCGAGCGCACCGACGUACAGGCGUGCGAUCCAUCGCAGGUAUGGGUGCAGUGGUUCGGCGACCACACCAUGUCACUGGAGGCCGUCGACCAGCUAAGGAGGCUGCACGGCCAGGGCGCCGGCAAGCGCAACAAAUCUCCGGCGGGGAACAGCAGUUUCGAGGAGGCUCUCAAAGAGGCGCUGGCGGCGGUCGAGCGCCAGCGGAAGUAGCAGUUGGUGAUUGUGUCAACAGGUGGCAGCUGAUACCGAGUGCAGUCGUACAAACCCGAGUCGCACCCGUCGCGGGACUCACUAGUCGUAGGGAUCUGAUCAAAGGACACCAGUAUGGAUGUUGGCGCAUUGUUUUCCAUGCUCUCAAAGAGUUCAAAUAGUUUAUUUUUACUUGUAUUUUUACACAAGGUGGGUUGCUCAGACCCACGUACGUAAGGUGAGAUGUUGGUCUAGUUUUAGAUUUCUUAUUUCGUGGCGUUUCCUCAAGUGACUUGUAUUAUCCAUCGUUUUCCUCUUUCCACCUCUGCUGGCAAACACGGUCGGCACCAGGGCCCGAUGCCGGCGUCAUUCCGUUGGGUUUUUGGUCCUUGGAUAUAUUCCGCUUCCAUAAAGUAACACGAUGGCGCCCGAUCGAGCGCCGUUCCGCCGGGUUUUGGAUCCGCUCCUCCUUCCUCCGUUACUCACCGCGUCCAUCGGUUUCCGUCCUCACGCCGCGCCGUAGCGUUAUUAGUUGCCGGCUCCCAGCCAGUGGCCGCAGAUGCACCAAAGAGUCGGGAUCAGCCGGCAGGCCAGUGGCGGCCGCUGUGUGCCUCUCCGGUGGGCUGACCCACACUCAAGUGACCUUAGAGGUUGUUGUGGCCUUUGUACUCGAGCGGGCGGCGGGGUGGAUCGUGUCGACGCCCCGCCGUCCGUCCAGAAAUGUUUUGUCGAGAUCCGAUGAGUGAUCGCACGCCUUGCACUAACUCCAGUCGGCGACCAAUACACUCGGACGCCAGA